CCCCGAAGCCGGCCGGCGACCCGGACCGGCGCGAGAGGCCGGCGACGUCCACGGCCUUCGGAUAUGGCGGCGGCGGCGGCGACGGCGGCGACGACCUGCGCCCCCGUUUGCCGCCGCCUCGUGCUGCUGCUGCUGCGGAGAAGGCGACGCGGAGGCUCCCCGCGGCUGCCGUCGGCCGGCAAACGCCUCAGCAGCAGCAGCAGCAGCAGCAGCAGCUCCCUCAGCAGCGGCGUCGUCAGGUGCUGAGGGGAAGAGAAGGGCGUCAUGGGAGGCGGGGGCCGAGGGGGUCGUCGUCGGUGGGGCGGGGGGACCCGAGCACCCCCGCCCCCCAAGUCCAUAAGUGGGGAUAUUGGGGUCAGGGCCGGCCCACCCCUGAGGCAAGGGGAGGCGGCGGCCUCAGGCGGCAGGAUUCGUAGGGGCGACGAGGCUCUCUUCCCUCACUCCCUCAUCCCAGGGCGCCCUCAGGUGGGCUCGCCUCCGCAGCCGCUGCCCAGAUGGCUCGGCCGUGGGUCUUCCUCUCAGGGUUCGAGCUGGGAGCUGCGGGGAUGAGGUCCCUUCAAUGCCCCCCCUCAAUAAAAUAUUUGAGGGAGCCGGUUCUUCCCGCCCACCGCACAAAAAAGUAGAUGGGUUUUGCCACUCAAAUGGCGUACGCAUGCCGUGUUGUGUGAUUGAUUAUGUGGGGCGGAGCUUACCUGAUUGAUUAUGUGAUUGGUUGUGUGGGGCAGAGCUUACCUGAUUGGUUAUGAGAUUGGUUAUGCGGAGCAGAGCUUACCUGAUUGAUUAUGUGAUUGGUUGUGUGGGGCAGAGCUUACCUGAUUGGUUAUGAGAUUGGUUAUGCGGAGCAGAGCUUACCUGAUUGAUUAUGUGAUUGGUUGUGUGGGGCAGAGCUUACCUGAUUGGUUAUGCGGAGCAGAGCUUACCUGAUUGGUUAUGUGACUGAUUAUGCGGAACAGAGAUUACCUGAUUCGUUAUGCGAUUGGUUAUGUGGGGCGGAGCUUACCUGAUUGGUUAUGUGAUUGGUUAUGUGGGGCAGAGAUUACCUGAUUGGUUAUGAGAUUGAUUAUGCGGGGCAGAGCUUACCUGAUUGGUUAUGUGAUUGGUAAUGUGGGGCGGAGCUUACUUGAUUGGUGUGAUUGAUUAUGUGGGGCAGAGCUUACUUCGGCCUCCCCAAUAUUUUAUUCAAGUUGACACCCCACGUUGGGCAAAAGAUUCUUGUGUUGCGGAUGUGUGUGUGUAAUUUCUAUUAUUAAAUAUUUUUUAAAUCAUGAUUUAAAUCGUAAAUUUGAUUUUAGUCAAAUCCACCCUGAUUUAACCCAAGCCAUAAUCCCUGGUUCGGUUGUCACCCUUAGUUUGGGACUUGGGUUUGAUUUUUUAAUAAUAAUAAUAAUAAUAAUAUGUAAUAUCAAUAAUAUCUUUUAUUGUCAUUUGCCUUUGGGGACAACUUGAGUACUUGGCUUCUCACCAAAACAUAAUUAAUCAAUGAUGUGCAACUGGGAGUUAGAUGACUUUCAAGGUCCAGGCUUCCCAUUCCAGGGCCGAGAUCGCUCUGGAGAAGAAGCUGUUCUUAAGACGGCUGUUCUUGUCUUCCAUGGUCCUGUAUCUCCGUCCAGCGGCAGAGCUCGAAGAGACAGUAGCCAGGAUGCGAUGGAUCUUUAUGUCAGUGCCUUCCUGCAUGGCGCAGCGGCAUCGUCUGCUCCUGUGUGAGUGGGGAGAGGCAAAUCAGCUGGGCUUGUUCAUGUGUAAACGACCAUUGAAUGCACUCCCAGCUUGCUUUCGGAAAGCUGCUAGAUCAGGCUUCCUCGACCUUGGCCCUCCAGAUGUUUUUGGCCUACAACUUCCAUGAUCCCUAGCUAGCAGGACCAGUGGUCAGGGAUGCUGGGAAUUGUAGUCUCAAAACAUCUGGAGGGCCGAGUUUGAGGAAGCCUGCACUAGAUGCUAUAGGAGCAACAAUUCCCCGAGCAAUACAUGUGUUGCACAUGAUGCAUUUACUGUGCAUUUUAAUUAAUUUGAAGCAUGAGGGAGGCAGCUUGAAGAAACAUCGCUUUCAGGUGAUGUAGUUCCUUUCCGUGAGGUCUUCUCAUGGAAACAGUAUUGACUUGAUUGUCGGUAACUCUUUUAAGGCAAGAAGAGCGUAAACCAUGCAUGCAGCCCGCCUAGUUCUGCACUUGAAUUCUGAUAUGGAAAGUAGCAUCUCAAAGUGGUGUGACACUGUUUAUUGGCUGUAUGCAUAACUCAAUCCCUCUUCUUGCUUUAAAGGACCACUGACCCUUCAAGGAAAAUGAGGAUGACCACAUGCACAAGCAACAUGGGUAUGUGUAGUAUUUAUAGCAUAUCCAGAGGUCAGAGAGGAGGGAGGGUGAACCAGGCAAUCUAUUAGUUGUAGUUCCCCAUUUAAGAGAAGGGUUAAGGAGCGACGGUUAUUGGCAUAGCUGUCAACUUACAGAUUUGAAAAUAAGGGACCAGCAGCCUCGAAAAUAAGGGAUCAGCAGCCAAAAUAAGGGAUCAACAAUUACUUUGAUAAAAUACAUAUUUUGUUGCGUGCAAAUGGCUUUAGAUACCUAUUAGGUCCAUAAAUUACCAUAUAGCAUAUAUUCAACAGAAAAAAGCAACAAUUUGUUGUUGACAAAGCACAGCUGGACAUAGAAAGGGCCACAUUACCUUCAGUAGCUUAUUUAAGGGACAUCAUCAAUAAGGGACAGCAGCGGGACAUGGCGCUGGGAUAAGGGACUAUCCCGCCAAAUAAGAGACGCUUGACAGCUAUGGUUAUUGGACAAAUGCCUAUUUGCUGACGAGAUGCUUUAAUAGCAGUGAGAACUCACUAAUGUGGACAUUUUAUUUAUUUUAGAUAUUUUUUACCAACCUUCUGCCUCGUACCAAAAUCACCCAAGGUAACAUACAUCCUAAAAAGGUUUUAAAAGAAGAUAAGUCAGAUAAAAUUAAAAUAAGCAGGAAAAGAACAACAGAAAAUGACAACGAAAAGUUAUAGGAUCUGUUACUUUGAGCUGCUGUCUAUGUGGAGGACUGGAAUGUGUGGCUUUUUGUUGGCUGUGAAUUUUGGUUCAUGGUCUCUUACAUAUUUUUUGGAUAUUUUGUAUUCUUUCUCAGAAGUUUUAAUUUUAAUUCUAACUAGCUUUCUCUUUGAAUGUGGAAGGUGGUAAAUUUGGGAAACCACAUGAAGGGUUGUGUUUGUUCUUGAGCCCAGGAACCAAUGCUAAGAAGACAAGAUGAUUUAUUUUUAAACUCCCUCACAAAUUUUGGGAAGUCAUUUUGUUGGAGGGAAAAAGCCUUGUCUUUGCCUUUUUCUCUAAGGGCGAAAGCUGUGACAACAAAUGAUUUAAACAGCCCUUCUGUGUGCGUUUUUAGCUUUCUUAUGCCAUAUACUUUUUCCAGUUUACCAUAAUUAAAUAACUUUCUCUCAAACAUUCUCCCUACCAGUAUCCUGAACUAUUUGUGGAAGUGGCUGUUGUGUUUUCAAGGCAUAUAUCUGGGCACCAUGAUUACAGGCGUCAUGGACAUGUUUUUCAUCAGUCUCAGUUGGCUGGAGGAAAAAUCCUGCUUUAAAUUUGGGUGCCACUGUUGAUGUCCAGAUUAACCCCACACCACAGAUACUAAUGUUACAGAAAACAAGGAUCAGCACAUUGUAGUAUUUUUUUCUUCCCAUUAGUUAUUUAUUCAUACCAUACUUUUCAAUAUAUUCCCCCAUCACUUUUAAAAUCAGUCUUUCCUCCCCAUAUUUUAAAAGUGGAUUUGUCACGGAAACUUCCACUACACUUUUGACUCCCUCCUGCAAAAUGGAUUUGCUUCCCUACAGAACCCAGGAGUCAUUGGAGCAAACACAAGAGUGUCUUUGCUAAUGUUACCCUGAUACCUGCUCUGUCCAAGUGAUAACCUGCAAAUAGCUAAGGAUUUUACCACUCAUUCUCCCCAUAGCAGCAGGAACCUGGGGGUGAGUAGAUGGGGAUGUACAGUGGUGCCUCGCAAGACGAAAUUAAUUCGUUCCGCGAGUUUUUUCGUCUAGCGAAUUUUUCGUCUUGCGAAGCACGGUUUCCCAUAGGAAUGCAUUGGAAAUUCAAUUAAUGCGUUCCUAUGGUCAAAAAGUCCAAUCAAAGCCAAAUUUGGUACAACAAGAGUUUAUUAACUGCUCUUUAAAGUCACACAUACUUUAAAGAGCAUAUCAAAAAUUGAAGGAACAAUAAAUUAAGUUUCUAAACAUGACAGGAAAAACAUUUAAAAAUCAAAAAGGGUACAUUACAUUUUCUAAGACUCUGGGGACCACUCGAAGAAGGUUCCUCUUCCACUCUUUGCUUCUUGCUGAGGAACCUGUCCAUGGUCUGCUGCUUCAUCCGCCUUUUCAGCAGCUCCCUGAGAGGCGACAUGACCGUCGUAUCAAAAAUGUUCGCUUGGUCAUGUGCCACGUGCUUGUCAGGGUGGUGCCGCUCUGCAAAAGCCUGCACCUCAUUCCACUUCUGGCAAAUGUCCCUCAGUUCUUUGGAGGACAGCCGUUCCUCAGUUGCUUCCUCCUCUUCCAGCGAGGCCUGCUCCUGCGCAACCUCUGACUGCAGUUCAACCAGCUCCUGGGUGGUCAGCUCGUGGUCGUGCUCCUCCACCAGCUCGCAGACGUCCUCCUCUGUGACCUCCAGGCCCAUGGUCCCCCCAAGGCAACAAUGUCCUGCACCACUGUCGACUCUGGUGCAUCAGAGUCACUUGGUGCCACACAGUCCGGCCACAGGCUGCGCCAAGCGCAAUUCAAAUUCCUCUGGCUGAUCCCCUUCCAGGCCGUGGUGAUCAUCUUCAAGCAGGUGACGAUGUCGAAGUGGUCCUUCCAGAAUUCCCGCAGGGUGAUGGUGGUGCAAUCAGUCACCUCGAAGCAUCGCCUGAAAAGCUCCUUGGUGUAGAGUUUCUUGAAAUUGGCGAUGACCUGCUGAUCCAUCGGCUGGAGCAGUGGCGUGGUGUUAGGCGGCAGGAACAUGAUGUUGAUGAAGCUGAACUCCUCCAACAAGUCCACCUCAAGGCCUUUAGGAUGAGCAGGAGCAUUGUCCAUCAGAAGCAAAGCCUUCAGCGGCAGGUCGUUGUCCAGCAGGUACUGUUUGACAGCAGGGCCAAAGGCAAGAUUGACCCAGUCCACAAACAGCACACGUGUGACCCAAGCCUUGCUGUUGGAUCGCCACAUGACACUCAGCCGCUCCUUGUCGACCUUGUGUUUCUUGAAGGCCCGUGGGUUCUCCGAGUGGUACACCAGCAGGGGCUUGAUCUUCAGGUCGCCGCUUGCGUUGGCACAGAAGAGCAGGGUCAGACGGUCCUUCAUGGGCUUGUGGCCAGGCAACUUGGCCUCCUCCUGUGUGAGGAAAGUCCUUUUGGGCAUCCUCUUCCAAAACAGCCCGGUCUCGUCGCAGUUGAAGACCUGCUGUGGAACGUAGCCCUCCGUCUUCACAACCUCCAGGAACUCCAAGGCAAAGUCUUCAGCCGCAGGAACAUCAGAACUGGCAGCCUCUCCAUGCCUGACCACGCUGUGGAUUCCGGAUCUUGCCUUGAACCGGUCAAACCAGCCUCUGCUUGCCUUGAAGACUUCUGGCUCGGCCGAGGUUCCUGGCUGUUCCCGGAUGAGGUCUGCGUGCAAGGCCUUGGCCUUCUCACAAAUCACGGCCUCAGUCACUGUGUCCCCUGCACGCUGCUUCUCUUCUAACCAGAUGAGCAGCAACUUCUCGACCUCCUCCAGAACAGCUGGGCGGUUCUUCACGAUCCUGGUGACUCCCUUGGCUGCAUCAGUCGCAAGGAUCUUCUCUCUCAUCUUCAGGAUGGUCCCGAUGGUCGAUGGGUUCCUGCCGUACUCCCGGCGAGGUCCGUCACACGCAUUCCACCGUCGUGCUUCCGGAUGAUCUCCUUCUUCAUCUCCAGCGUCACCUUCUCCUUCUUCCUCUCGCCGGCCUCCGCAGCAGCAGCCUUCUUGGGUCCCAUGGCAGCACAGCUGUUACCUUUGUAAACUCAGAAAAAGAAAAAAAAAUCAGCAAUUCAAACCCACAACCAAGUCCUUGAAUUCCAAACACCCAACCCAAAAUCCAAAACCCCCAAAAAGUUUUAAAAGUUUAACUUACGAAAUGGCUGCAAAUCACCAAAGUCUUCAAAAUCCUCAAAUGGCUGCAAAGAAGUUUUGGGAAAGCUUUAAAAAUCACCAAAGUCUUCAAAAACCUCAACUGUUCCCCCAGCCCCUCCCCAACUGUUGCAAACCCCUCCUCAACUGUUCCCCCAGCCACCCAGCACACAGAAAUUCAAAACCCAGAAAAUUUUUCAAAAAAAAACAACAUGGCCCAAUGGUUACAGAAAACCAUAAAAAUUCAAAAAACCACACAAGCUCCCAGAUUCCUGCAAACCCCUCCCCAGCUGUUCCCCAGCCACCCAGCACACAGAAAUUCAAAACCCAGAAAAUUUUUCAAAAAAAACAACAUGGCCCAAUGGUUACAGAAAACCAUAAAAAUUCAAAAAAGCACACAAGCUCCCAGAUUCCUGCAAACCCCUCCCCAGCUGUUCCCCAGCCACCCAGCACACAGAAAUUCAAAACCCAGAAAUUUUUUUCAAAAAAACAACAACAUGGCCCAAUGGUUACAGAAAACCAUAAAAAUUCAAAAAAAAAGCACACAAGCUCCCAGAUUCCUGCAAACCCCUCCCCAGCUGUUCCCCCAGCCACCCAGCACACAGAAAUUCAAAACCCAGAAUUUUUUUUUAAAAAAAAACAACAUGGCCCAAUGGUUACAGAAAACCAUAAAAAUUCAAAAAAAAGCACACAAGCUCCCAGAUUCUUGCAAACCCCUCCCCAGCUGUUCCCCCAUCCACCCAGCACACAGAAAUUCAAAACCAAAAAUUUUUUUAUAAAAAAAAACAACAUGGCCCAAUGGUCACAAAAAUCAUAAAAAUUCAAAAAAACCACACAAGCUCCCAGAUUCUUGCAAACCCUCCCCAGCUGUUCCCCAUCCACCCACCAAACAGAAAUUUAAAACCCCUUAAUUUUUUUCAAAAAAAAACAAAUUGGCCCAAUGUUAACUAAAAAUAUUAAAAAUUAAAAAAAAACCACACAAGCUCCCAGAUUCUUGCAAACACCUCCCCAGCUGUUCCCCCAUCCACCCAGCACACAGAAAUUUAAAACCCAGAAUUUUUUUCAAAAAAAAAAAACAACAUGGCCCAAUGGUCACAAAAAAUCAUAAAAAUUAAAAAAAAAACCACACAAGCUCCCAGAUUCUUGCAAACCUCUCCCCAACACCAAGUCCUUGAAUUCUAAACACCCCAACCCAAAAUCCAAAAACCCCCCAAAAAGUUUUAAAAGUUUAACUUACCAAACAGCUGCAAAAGAAGUUUUGGAAAAGCUUCAAAAUCCAGCAAACUCUUUAAAAAGCUCAGAAAGGCCACCACACCGCGUGCAAUGUGUUGCUCCUCGAGGUCAAGUCGCAACUGCACCUCUUCCAGCAAUGCACCCUGGGUUUUAACGGUUUUACGAAAAAGGAAACAAACUUGCAAGACGUUUUCGUCUUGCGAAGCAAGCCCAUAGGGACAUUCGUCUUGCAAAGCAACUCGAAAACGAAAAAACCUUUCGUCUUGCGAGUUUUUCGUCUUGCGAGGCGUUCGUCUUGCGGGACACCACUGUACUGCUAAAUCUCUGGCAAUAGAUCAGCAAAGGUUUUUGGCUCCCAGUCGUUUACAAUAGCAAUAGCAAAAAGUCUUGAUUUGGCUCCAAAGGGACGUGGGUGGGGCUGUGGGUUAAACCACAGAGCCUAGGACUUGCCGAUCAGAAGGUCGGCGGUUCGAAUCCCCCCGACGGGGUGAGCUCCGUUGCUCGGUCCCUGCUCCUGCCAACCUAGCACUUCGAAAGCACGUCAAAGUGCAAGUAGAUAAAUAGGUACUGCUCCAGCGGGAAGGUAAACGGCGUUUCCGUGCGCUGCUCUGGUUCACCAAGUGGCUUAGUCAUGCUGGCCACAUGACCCGGAAGCUGUACGCCGGCUCCCUCGGCCAAUAAAGUGAGAUGAGCGCCGCAACCCCAGAGUCGGUCACAACUGGACCUAAUGGUCAGGGGUCCCUUUACCUUUAACAGGAAAGUGUCUUCCUUUUAUUCUUUUUGCUAUGCGUUCCCACUGCCUCUCCCUUUCCCUCCAAUAAGGCAAAUUUAGAAAAGGGGUUGUGGGGAACUCAGGGAGAAGCCUAGUUGGGCCUAGUUUUCCAUCAAAACAAAGAGUGGUUGAGAGCUAGGCUGCUCUUCAACCUGCCCAGUGCACUGCGGGAAAAUCCCUGCAUUGCUGAUGAUAGGAAUGUUCUAGAACAGGCAUAGGCAAACUCUGGCCCUCCAGAAUUGGCCUCCACAGUCACUUAAGAACUCAUUGUGAAAACUGUGUUUAUGGAAGACAAUCUUACUCGGCUACGAGUGAUCGCCAUAGAAGAAGAGUAGUAAGAUCAUGAUCCCCACAGCACCCUGGCCUAGGGACUUGCAGGAGAAUUCUGAAGGUUCGGUUUGUAUUGUUCUGUGUAGUUAGGCUCAUACUUCCAAGAUAAAAUAGGUCACGAGUGCUUUGGCUAACAGUAGAUAUGGUUGGAAUAAAGUGUUUGGUGCUUACUUAGGGGUCUCUGCAUCGUUUGCCCCCACCCUGGCAUAUUGGAAGCUUAUCUACUUUGGGGGAUGGGGGAGGCUAGGAGCCACCUUUCAACACACAGCCCAUUGAUUUUGUGCAUCCUGUAUGCAGGGCCGGAUUUAGGUUUGAUGAGGCCCUAAGCUAAACCAUAGAGCCUAGGACUUGCUGAUCAGAAGGUCAGCAGUUCGAAUCCCCGCGACGGGGUGAGCUCCCAUUGCUCGGUCCCAGCUCCUGCCAACCUAGCAGUUCGAAAGCACGUCAAAGUGCAAGUAGAUAAAUAGGUACCGCGCCAGAGGGCAGGUAAAUGGCGUUUCCGUGCGCUGCUCUGGUUUGCCAGAAGCGGCUUAGUCAUGCUGGCCACAUGACCCGGAAGCUGUAUGCCGGCUCCCUCUGCCUGUAAAACGAGAUGAGCGCUGCAACCCCAGAGUCGGUCACGACUGGACCUAAUGGUCAAGGGUCCCUUUACCUUUAAGCUACUGAAGGUAAUGGGGCCCUUUAUAUGUCCAUCUGUCCUUUGUCAACAACAAAUUACUUACAUCAUAGGAGCCUACACAACACAAAACGCUGUUGCUGUAGGUAAGUUUUAUUUUAUUUGUUUUUUAUCUUAUAUUUUGGAAAUGUACAUCCAGUUUUUUUUCCCCUUUUAAUUUUUUGUGGGGCCCUAAACUAUAGCAGUAUGUGGACCGAGAGCUCCCAGAAGUGCAAGGUGGAUUUCGAAGGGGUAGAGGAACCAGAGACCAAAUUGCAAACAUGCGCUGGAUUAUGGAGAAAGCUAGAGAGUUCCAGAAAGACAUCUACUUCUGCUUCAUUGACUAUGCAAAAGCCUUUGACUGUGUCGACCACAACAAACUAUGGCAAGUUCUUAAAGAAAUGGGAGUGCCUGUCUCCUGAGAAAUCUCUAUAUGGGACAAGAAGCUACAGUUAGAACUGGAUAUGGAACAACUGAUUGGUUCAAAAUUGGGAAAGGAGUACGGCAAGGCUGUAUAUUGUCUCCCUGCUUAUUUAACUUAUAUGCAGAAUUCAUCAUGCGAAAGGCUGGGCUGGAUGAAUCCCAAGCCGGAAUUAAGAUUGCUGGAAGAAAUACCAACAACCUCAGAUAUGCAGAUGACACAACCUUGAUGGCAGAAAGUGAGGAGGAAUUAAAGAACCUUUUAAUGAGGGUGAAAGAGGAGAGCACAAAAUAUGGUCUGAAGCUCAACAUCAAAAAAACGAAGAUCAUGGCCACUGGGCCCAUCACCUCCUGGCAAAUAGAAGGGAAAGAAAUGGAGGCAGUGAGAGAUUUUACUUUCUUGGGCUCCAUGAUCACUGCAGAUGGUGACAGCAGUCACGAAAUUAAAAGAUGCCUGCUCCUUGGGAGAAAGGCGAUGGCAAACCUAGACAGCAUCUUAAAAAGCAGAGACAUCACCUUGCCAACAAAGGUCCAUGUAGUUAAAGCCAUGGUUUUCCCAGUAGUGAUGUAUGGAAGUGAGAGCUGGACCAUAAAGAAGGCUGAUCGCCGAAGAAUUGACGCUUUUGAAUUAUGGUGCUGGAGGAGGCUCUUGAGAGUCCCAUGGACUGCAAGAAGAUCAAACCUAUCCAUUCUGAAGGAAAUCAGCCUUGAGUGAUCACUGGAAGGACAGAUUGUGAAGCUGAGGCUCCAAUACUUUGGCCACCUCAUGAGAAGACUCCAUGGGAAAGACCCUGAUGUUGGGAAAGAUUGAGGGCACAAGAAGAAGGGGACGACAGAAGACGAGAUGGUUGGACAGUGUUCUCGAAGCUACCAGCAUGAGUUUGACCAAACUGCGGGAGGCAGCGGAAGACAGGAGUGCCUGACGUGCUCUGGUCCAUGGGGUCACGAAGAUUCGGACACGACUAAAAAACAACAAACUAUAGUUUGUUUAGCUUAUACGUAAAUCCAGCACUCAGGUCAAGUCAUGUCUUGCACAUUGCUCAUGCCUCAAGAAAGCUGCAAAAAUCAAGGCAGUGAUGAUAGAGACUUUGCAUAUAAUAGCCAACUUUCAUCCCGGGAAAAGUUAUGGAAAGAGGAAAUAAAAUUGACUGCAUGCUGUUCGUUGAAAGAAAAUUAUAUGAAAAUUAUGUAUCAUUGGUAUUUAACACUGAGUAAAAUUGCUAAAACGUACAAAACAAGUUCUAAACUGUGUUGGAAAUGUAAAGAGAAAGAGGGCAUAUUUUACAGAGCAGGCUAGUAGGCGGGGCCCAUUACUUAUAUCAUAGGAGCCUACACAACACAAAACACUGUUGCUGUAUGUGAGAGUUUUUUUCCUUUAAGUUUUUGGGGGGCUCCCAAGAGAGUGGGGCCCUAAGCUAUAGCUUGUUUCGCUUAUAUGUAAAUCGGGCACUACCUGUAUGGGAAUUAUUGUUAUUGGCUAUCGAGGAAGGAAGGGUUGUUCAGCCAAGUGCAGUUUCCAUGCAUUGCAAGGUGGGUGGGGGGGAGAGAGGAAAUAUUUACAAUGGUAAUACAAUAAGGCAUGAGAUCCCUUCCUUGACUAGCUCUUUGAGGGGGGGGGGGUGUUUGCACCUCUAUUUGGAGGAAGAGAGUGCAAUUUUAUGUUGGAUGUUAAUGUUCAGAGCUUCUGAGGUGAGGAUUUUCGUAAGGAUUUUUGAGAGCAUCAACUUUGGCUAUAUGCCUUUUUUAUCAGUCUUAUUGGAACAGGAUGCCAUGCUGUUGCAUAAAGGUUUGUAUCAUCAAACUCCCUCUGGGAUACUGUAUAAACCAGCUUUUCCCAACCUUGGGUUUCCAGCUGUUUAUGGACUACAACUCCCAUCAUCCCUAGCUAGGAAGACCAGUGGUCAGGGAUGAUGGGAACUGUGGUCCAAAAACUGCCAAAGACCAAAGGCUGGGAAACACUGAUAUAAACUCUCCUGACGAGGUCAGAGUGAUACAGCUUCGUUCCACAUUCUGUAUUAUGAGCUGUGUGUUUCCUUCCUGGGGUUUGUCUGUUGCUGUCGGUGUUGUGCGAUUUGCUGCAGAAUUUGUGGAUUGAUUCACUGUGACUGACUGGAAGGAGAUGCAUGGAAAUGUCUGGCUUGCCCUCUGUUUCAAUAUGGCAGCCAUGUUGUGUUUGUGCUGCACUCCCGUAACAGCUCUCGUGUGUUUUGUUAUGCCCUACACAGCACUUUAGGGAUGCGGGUGGCGCUGUGGGUGAAACCACACAGCCUAGGACUUGCCGACCAGAAGGUUGGCGGUUCAAAUCCCCGCGACGGGGUGAGCUCCCGUUGCUCGGUCCCAGCUCCUGCCACCCUAGCAGUUCGAAAGCACAUCAAAGUGCAAGUAGAUAAAUAGGUACCACUGCAGCGGGAAGGUAAACAGCGUUUCCGUGUGCUGCUCUGGUUCACCAGAAGUGGCUUAGUCGUGCUGGGCACAUGACCCAGAAGCUGUACGCCAGCUCCCUUGGCCAAUAAAGCGAGAUGAGCGCCGCAACCCCAGAGUCGGCCACGACUGGACCUAAUGGUCAGGGGUCCCUUUACCUUUACCUUUACACAGCACUUUCUCAAAUUCCCAAACCUAUCCACUGAUCCAAACGGGUUGCUGAUCCCUGUCCUUAGGUGCUGUAGCCAUCUUGUGCUUGUGCCAUUUAUACGCAGGUUAAGGUGUUAUAAUGGCAACGUUUAUUAAUGCAGACUUUAGGAUGACAUCUUUGCUGAGCGGUAAUAUGUUGGCCUUAAAACUUUAGUCUUUUAACGAUGCGUUUUGUCCUUUGUAUUUUAUAGUACCGAAGCAACUAUUAUCUCAGGGAAAAGGCUGGCUGCCCAGGUCUGCGAGGAGAUACAGAAGGAUGUAGACUCCUGGCUUGCCCUUGGGAACAAGAGGCCUCAUCUCACCGUUGUUUUAGUAGGAGACAACCCAGCCAGUCACACGUAUGUGAGAAAUAAAGUAAAAGCAGCGGCAGCCGUAGGUAUGCCUUUUUCUUCAAACAGUUUUCCGAACAAUGGCAGCUUUCUGGACACAACAUGUGUUUCCUUUCAGAGGCUGCAUUCCCCGGGAGGUAAUCUCCAUGCUGGCAGCGGGCAGAAUUUGUGGCAUUAAUAAUAAUAAUAAUAAUAAUAAUAAUAAUUUAUUUAUACCCCGCCCAUCUGGCUGGGUUUCCCCAGCCACUCUGGGCGGCUUCCAACUGAAUAUUAAAAACAAUACAGCAUCAGGCAUUAAAAACUUCCCUAAACAGGGCCGCCUUCAGUUGUCUUUUAAAAGUAAAAUCGUUGUUUAUUGCCUUGACACCUGCUGGGAGCUCUGUCAGUCUCUCUACUCCCCUUCCCACCCCCACUCCCAUCUCUCCAUUUUGGCUCCCCACUGUUCCCCAUUACCGUAUUUUUCGCCCUAUAGGACGCACCAGACGAUAAGACGCACCUAGUUUGGGAGGGAGGAAACAAGAAGAAAAAAAUUCUGAACCCCAGAAGCCAGAACAGCAAGAGGGAUAUGGCUUCUGGGAUAGCCUCUUGCUGUUCUGGCUUCGGGGACAGCCUGUGAAGCCUCCACAGGGCAGCGAGGUGAAGGCACCCCAUUGCCUUGUGGAGGCUUAGCACAGCCAUCCCCAAGCUAGAACAGUGAGACGGAGCACUGUUCUGGCUUUGGGCUUAGCCGUGCGGCCUGCAUUCGCUCCAUACUUCCCUUUUUAGAAGGGAAAAACUGCGUCCCAUAGAGCGAAAAAUACGGAAAUUAACAAAUUUUGGAACUGAUGACUUGCAGAAGGCUCCUCCUCCAGGGCCAGACUUUGGUAAUAUGGCUCCCUGAGCGAGGACAAAAUCGGGCAAACCCCCUGCCCUCAAAUAUUUCUUAUUUGUGUUCCCCCUUGCCCUCCCCUCUCUUUUCCCAUCCAGGCUCCCCACCCUGAGGCUCAUUGCAAGGUUCUUUUUCCCAGGCUACUGCAUCUCUCUCUGUCUCUGUCUCUCUGUCUCUGUCUCUGUCUCUGUCUCUGUCUCUCUCUCUCUCUCUCUCUCUCUCUCUCACACACACACACACACACACAGAGAGAGAGAGAUACAUUACAGAGGAGUGAUCUUGAGAGCUAGAGAGGGCUUGUAGCAUCCCCAUGGCUGUGGGUUCCUCACCCACUAUCUGUAAGGAAAAAUAUAUUUAAAAAAUAAAUAAACCAUUAAAUACUGAGUGUGAAUUUAUUUUAGUAUUCUAAUUAAAAAUGCUACCAAUAGAUAGAAUUGCACAAUCUGAAUUUUGUUGCAUGUGACUAAACGGAACUAAUGUUUUGCUGAUGAUAUUGUUUGCUUCCUCUUUUUACUUUAGGCAUUUGUAGUGAAAUAAUACUGAGGCCCAAAGAUAUUUCUCAGGAAGAACUUUUAGAUCUGACUGGCAGAUUAAACAAGGAUCCAAGAGUCAGUGGUAUAUUAGUCCAGUUACCUCUGCCAGGUAAUGUUAUUUUAUACAAUGUCACAAAGUUGGGUGGUUUUGAGGAAUAAAUGAGAAAAAUCAAGUGCACUUAACUUGAUAUAAACCUUGCAAGGAGAGAAAGGGUUUAUAAAUAACCAAACUAGAAGGACACUGACAAACUGGAACGUGUCCAGAGGAGGGCAACCAAAAUGGUCAAAGACCUGGAAACGAUGCCUUAUGAGGAACGGCUAAGGGAGCUGGGGAUGUUUAGCCUGGAGAAGAGGAGGUUAAGGGGUGAUAUGAUAGCCAUGUUCAAAUAUAUAAAAGGAUGUCACAUAGAGGAGGGAGAAAGGUUGUUUUCUGCUGCUCCAGAGAAGCGGACACGGAGCAAUGGAUCCAAACUACAAGAAAGAAGAUUCCACCUAAACAUUAGGAAGAACUUCCUGACAGUAAGAGCUGUUCAACAGUGGAAUUUGCUGCCAAGGAGUGUGGUGGAGUCUCCUUCUUUGGAGGUCUUUAAGCAGAGGCUUGACAACCAUAUGUCAGGAGUGCUCUGAUGGUGUUUCCUGCUUGGCAGGGGGUUGGACUCGAUGGCCCUUGUGGUCUCUUCCAACUCUAUGAUUCUAUGAUUCUAUGAACUAUUCAGUACCUUGACCGUAUUGGUAAUUAUUUUUCCAACAUACAGUGGGGGCCAUAUUUUCAAUACCAUUUUUUAUUAAUGUGCUUGCAGGCUAGAAUGCUGAUUUUAUUCAGCCAAAUCAACCCUGGCGAUCAAUGGGGUGAGAGAUGUCGCACCCAGAUUGCCCUCACAUCCACCCUGUCACCCCCCCAACUGUAUUACCUGGGUUAUGAAGGCACCCUAAAGACGUUAAAGCAAAGAUUAUGGGAUAAUGCACACAGUGACUUGCGAUCUCAAUCACACUCAGUCUGUAGUCCGCUGGCAGUAGGGGUACAAUAUGGGCAUGUCUUUAAGUUAACAUCUUAAAUUAAAAACCUGACAGUACCAAAUUAUUGAAGGCUUUUCACCAAAGCCAGACUAAACGUCUUUCCUUCUGCAGUUAUGGAUGGCAAGUUGAGAGGAGUUCCCUACCAGGACAGACUUUGCUCGUGUGCUCAAGACAUUGAUUCCAUAAAACAUAUUUUGUUGCACUGUGCAAAAUAUGAGCAAGCCAGGGCUGAACUGAUAUUACCCUUGCUGGUACCGUUCCCGGGAAAAUCAGAGGCUCACUAUGUCAGGUUCCUAUUGGAAGACCGGACAAACGCUAGAACAUUAGCAUCUGCAAAGUUUUUAUCGGUGGUUGCAAGAACCAACGAUCCCUAUAUUCUGAACAAAAUGCUUGUUUAACCUGGAGGUAGGCUGUAUGAAUUGUGUAUUGCUUUGUAACGAUUUGUUGGGUCACUGGACCUAAUAAAGAUUGAUGAUGAUGAUGAUGAUUUUAUUCACCUGCUUGCAGUUUCUACACUAGAACUAUUUGGUUCAAAUUAUACAUUUCAUAAAUAAAUGAGAAUGAAAGAUUGACCACAUGGUGGCAGUGUAACAUAAACUGAAGCAGGCUCAGCACUGUGCGUUGACUCUUUGCACCAUAGACAAACUUAAAACUUGUGUGGUGAAUGCAGGUUAGGCUGUGCUCUUAUGUACUGCAGAGAGCAAAGGCAAAGCUAUGAAUUCUUGUGCAUGGAGGUAGCUCUAAAGACAAGCUUUAAAGCCUCAGCAGUAUUGCUCAGAGCAUCAGUUGCCAACUUGAUGUUUGCAAGGGCAGUCGACGUGUGACCUGUGUAUCUGACAUAAUUGAACCUGAUUACUCAAAGGUUGGUACGCGGGUGGCGCUGUGGGUUAAACCACAGAGCCUAGGACUUGCCAAUCAGAAGGUUGGCAGUUCGAAUCCCCACGACGGGCUGAGCUCCCGUUGCUUGGUCCCAGCUCCUACCAACCUAGCAGUUUGAAAGCACGUCAAAGUGCAAGUAGAUAAAUAGGUACCGCUCUGGCGGAAAGGUAAAUGGCAUUUCCGUGCGCUGCUCUGGUUCGCCAGAAGCGGCUUAGUCAUGCUGGCCACAUGACCCGGAAGCUGUACACCGGCUCCCUCGGCCAGUAAAGCGAGAUGAGUGCCGCAACCCCAGAGUCUGUCACGACUGGACCGAAUGGUCAGGGGUCCCUUUACCUUUACCUUACUCCAAAGGCCGUAAAAAAUGUCUUGAGAAAAACUAUUUGUAUGCUGCACUAUUGACAGAUUUGUCCUUGGAAAUGAUCAGAUUUAACUCCAAACUCAUGAUUUCCAAGGUCAUAGCCAGAAUGCACAUAUGGCUCUUGUCACUGGAUUUUGGACCUAGAAUUGUAAUAAAAGGGUGCCCCUUUUCCAUCACCAAGUUCUUUGGCUUGGUGAAUUUUGAAACCAAAAAUAAGAAGGCAGGUCAAACCUCAGCAGUCCUUUUGGACAGCCGAAAAACAUUCGUUGUUCUCCCAUUCAACCAUGAGCCCAAAUUGCCACAGUCCAGGUUAUUGACCAGAAGUUCUGCAUGAAACGUCCACCAGAGCCUCUUCAUCCUCAAAAGGCAGCUCAAACAGUCAGAUAGGUUUUGCUUUUGUGGAUGGUCUGUGGGAGGAGAUCAUCCGCCCAGAUCAGGUUGACAGUAAUGCUAAGGAUAUGUGCUGGUGAUCUCCAGAAACCCACAGAACAGAUUGUGGACAUCAAAAAUCUAGGAGUACAGUGGUACCUUGGUUGACAAACUUUUUUUUUUAGGAAAAGUUUUUAUUGUUAAAAUAAUUCAGCAUUAAUACACACAUAUUGUGAAUAUACAAACACAUUUCAUACAAGCCUUAAAAAUGUUCAAACAUACCUACACUCAAUCCCACAGAUAAUUCCUUUUCCCAUCACCAUCCACCACCUUUGUGUUAGGCUUCCAAUCUACUCAAUUGCAAUUUCUUUCCACUUCUAUUACUUUCUUUCACAUGCCUUUAACCUAAUUUCAUGCUUUUUUUCUAUUAGAAUAAAUAAGUUCUGUUUUAAAUACUAAAUAAGAUGGAUAACAAUGUGUAAUAGAAAAAGCAGCUUGGGUGUCGAACUUAAUCCAUUCAGGGAGUCUGUUCGACUACUGAAACCUUUUGAAAACCAAGGCACAGCUUCCAGUUGGCUGCAGGAGCUUCCUGCACUCAAUUGGAAGCUGUGUCGGACGUUCAGCUUCCAAAAAACAUUCGCAAACCAGAACAGUUACUUCCAGGUUUGCGGCGUUUGGGAGCCAAUUUGUUCGGAAGCCAAGCUGUUCGACUACCAAGGUACCACUGUAGUGGUAAAUAGAUCCUCGUAGAAUCCGAGAAACAUCCUCCUGCUCAACACUGUUUGUUCUCCACUGAACAUAAAGCCCAUCAGACAAGUUCCAGAUAACAAAAAGGACAUGAAAUUGUAUUUUCCAGGUCACAUUGAUGAAAGAACUGUGUGUAACACUGUUGCCCCUGAAAAGGAUGUGGAUGGUUUUCAUAUUUUCAAUAUAGGACAACUGUGUCUUGACCAACCUUCUGUUAUACCUGCCACUGCUGCUGCUGUCUGGGAAAUAAUAAAAAGAACAGGUAAGAGAAAUGAGGUGUUUCAGAGAAAUAUAGGGUAUCAAGUUAUACGAUCCUGCGGUGCUUAAAUCCUAAAUGAAAUCGGAGAUGCUAUAAAAUUUGGAUUUGCACUGUGGUUUGUUUCAUUGGAUAUGCUUAGCCCAUCUUUUUGUUUUAAGGAGUGCACCAAAAUAUUUUUUGUUAAUAUUUAGCAGUGGGGUACAAGGUGCAGAAAAACCGCAGUUUUCUCUCUUUUUUGAUCCCUGUUGCUUUCAGGCAACCAGUGUGGUAUAGCGGUUAGAGUGGUCAGCUAGAUAUGGGGAAACUGGUUUUCAAAUGGGAGACUGGAUUAGUCACUAUUUUUCAGCUUAAACUACUUUGCACAGUCCUUAUGAGGAUAAGAUGGCAGGUGAACCAUGCACAUCACCUUGAGGUCAUUGGAGGAAAGACAGGACAUAAAUGUAACAAUUUAAUAAUUAUUUCCCAAAAAGGUAGCGAUUGUAAUAUUUUUUUUUUAUGUGUAAUACAGUCACUCUGGCUGGACCAGUCAAAAUUUGGGCAGCUGAGUUGUGCACUAAUUUUUGGGGUUGUUUCUAGCAGCAGCCCCCAAGGCAGUGCAUUACUUUAACCCAGCCCAGGAUGUUUCCAGAACUUAAUUCUUACCAGAGUGUAAAUCAAGAGUAGGCACCUCAUCUAAUAAUAAUAAUAAUUUAUUUAUACCCCGCCCAUCUGGCUGGGUUUCCCCAGCCACUCUGGGCAGCUUCCAACAGAACACUAAAAUACAAUAACCUAUUAAACAUUAAAAGCUUCCCUAAACAGGGCUGCCUUCAGAUGUCUUCUAAAAGUUUGGUAGUUAUUGUUCUCUUUGAUAUCUGAUGGGAGGGCGUUCCACAGGGUGGGUGCCACUACCGAGAAGGCCCUCUGCCUGGUUCCCUGUAACUGGGCUUCUCACAGCGAGGGAACUGCCAGAAGGCCCUCAGAGCUGGACCUCAGUGUCCAGGCAGAACGAUGGGGGUGGAGACGCUCCUUCUAUAUAGAGCUACAUAAAUAUGUAAGCUCUGGUUUAGAGUCUGGCUUUGAUGUAAGAUGUGGUAUUUCAAGAUGGAAUUAUCUAGCGAGCUAUUACCUCCGAAAGGGAUACAGCUUUGCUGUAUUGUAGUACCUUGGAUCCUGAACGCCUUGGUACUAGGACGUUUUGGCUCUCAAACGCUGCAAACCCGGAAGUGAGUGUUCCAGUUUGCGAACGUUCUUUGGAACCUGAAUGUCCAACGGGGCUUCUGCAGCUUCUGAUUGGCUGUAGGAGCUUCCUGCAGCCAAUCAGAAGCCACACUUUGGUUUCCGAACGUUUUGGAAGUCGAACGGACUUCCGGAACGGAUUCCAUUCGACUUCCAAGGUACAACUGUAAUGUCAGUCACAUAAUGGUUAAUUCAGCAAAAAAGGAGCACUUAACUAUGGUACCCUACCACAGUUUCUAUACUAGAAAAAGAACAAAUGUUUCCAAAAGGAAAAUUAUGUUCAAUAGCUAGAUCUGGUUUUCCUGUCGCAAGGACUGCCACUCGCCACAUGAACCAAACUGGGCUCUGAAUGUGGCAUUCAAAGGCCUUCUCUUUGUGCCCCCUCUGAAGGACGUACAGAGAGUGGCAACAUGAGAACGUUUUAGUGGUAGCUCCCAGAUUAUGGAAUCCCCAGAGAGAUAAUUCUGUUGACAUCACUAUCUACUUUUAGGUUCCAGGCAAAAAAUCUUCUUUUAGCCGGACCUUCUUUACCCAAGCCCUUAAUUUGGAGGGUUUCAGAUAUUUGUGCCCUCUUUCAACUGGUGGGGUGCGUUAGACCUGCCUUUAAAUGUAUGGAUUUCUUAAAGGUUUUAUUCUGUUUUGACACUACGCUGGUUUUAAUCUUAGUACUAUUUUGUUAGACGUUUUGGGUUAUGUUUUGUAAAGAAAAGCCACUGAUCGCCAUUCAUAAUAAUCUAACAUUUCAAAUCUGUACGAUCGAAGGCCUUUCAUUCCAUAGGAAUGAGUCACUCUCUUCGAUAUUAUUUUUCUCCUUCUGAAAGGAAUACAAACAUUUGGAAGAAACGUCGUUGUCGUUGGGAGAUCAAAGAAUGUUGGAAUGCCUAUUUCAAUGCUUUUACAUACCGACGGAGGACAUGAAAGGCCCGGAGGUAUGUUGAAUAACAUUCUGUUUUGUUGAAACCCUCAGCACAGAGAAAAGGGAAGGUUCAAAGGAAGGAAAAAUAGUUUGUAAGCAUCUAAAUGCAUAACAGGAUUUAGAAUGUCUGAUUUUCAAAAUAAUGUUUUAGAUCCUUAGCUUUUAGGGACAUAACCCAUUUUGCUAUUUGUAUACUCUUACCUGCCCAUAUAGUAUGAUGAAUGCCAGCUGUUCUUAAGAGAAUCUGCUGGACAUUUGGCCCUGAGUAAUUUUGACCUUCCAAACUGUGAUCAUUCGGACUACUCUAGAGUUUGAGUUUCAGAUAAGAUGAGGAUAUUUUCGGAUGUCAGUGUUUCUUUUUAAUGUCUGUAGGGAAAAAGAAGACCACGGUUACAAAGUUCUCAUGCACACGCCCCAUUUAUUUCAAUGAGCCUCGCACAGAAUAAUUUUCCAGUGGAUUGUGCCAAAAGUGCAUUCUAGAAUGAAAACCUUGUGUGAUAAGACAUUUGUAUUGUUUUCGAGGCUUCCAGAAAUAUAAUUUAUUUUACAGGGCCUGAUACCGUACUGCCAAAAUAAUGGCAAACUAAAGAAAGUGCUGCAAACAGUUUGCUAACACUACGACAAUCAUUUUAAUCACAACUGCAUUGCAGUUUUGUAAAUGAUCAGUAAUUGGGACUAAUAUAUAUGUAUUUCAGGUGAUGCUACAGUUACAAUUGCUCACAGAUACACACCCAAAGAUCAGCUGAAGAUCCAUACGCAGCUUGCUGAUAUUGUAAUAGUUGCUGCAGGUAAUGUAGCACUGUCAAUGUUUUAAAAUACAAUAAAAUUCAAAUAUACACACACAUCCCACUUUACAAAUGUUCAUUAUGGAAAAAUUCUCAUGUCCAAAUAUGAGGAAAUAGUACCCAAACCUUGCUAUAUACACGGCAGAUUCAGAUAUCUGCAAGGAGCAGGGAGCGAUUGAACAAAUAAGAGAGCAUUUCUUCUAGGUGUUCCCAAGGGUUUGUUUGGUCUUUUUGCUUUUGGGUGAGGGUGUGUUAGGAAAUGUCAGGAGCUCGUCCUACACUCGAGUAGGACCCUGGCAGAGACACAUGCCCGACUGGCAUGUUCUCUCCCUCCUGGUCUUUUGUUUGGGAGAUUCAAAAGCUUUCUUCAGCCCGAACAUCACAGCAACCGAUGCCAACAGACACCGGGACACUUAGGGAUCCGCAGAGUGUUCGCAGUUUGCGUAACAGACCUCAGCAACACCGCAUUUUGGCUAAUCUACUUUAAAGGUAAAGGGUAAAGGGACCCCUGACCAUUAGGUCCAGUUGCGGACGACUCUGGGGUUGCGGCACUCAUCUCGCUUUAUUGGCCGAGUGAGCCAGCGUACAGCUUCCAGGUCAUGUGGUCAGCAUGACUAAGCCGCUUCUGGCAAACCAGAGCAGUGCAUGGAAACGCUGUUUACCUUCCUGCCAGAGCGGUACCUAUUUAUCUACUUGCACUUUGACGUGCUUUCGAACUGCUAGGCAGGAACAGGGACCGAGCAACGGGAGCUCACCCCGUCGCAGGGAUUUGAACCGCUGACCUUCUGAUCGGCAAGUCCUAGGCUCUGUGGUUUAACACACAGCGCCACCCACGUCCCUCUUUAUUUACGCGUCUACUUUAUUUACUUUAUUUACAUAUAAAUAUACACGGAGCACUGCAACAUGGCUCCCUCUCUAGCAUCAGACAGCAAAGAGAGAAAGAACAAAGGACAAUAGUCCCACUUCACAGAACACAGUAACACAAACAUCCUGUCUCCGUCACUUCCCACACUGUGGAGUCAAAACAUACACCGUCAUGUGAUAGACAACAAUCCCAUGACUGCAAUCACAGAGCAGGAAUUCUAACAGGGAACACAUUAGAGAAUUUCCCAUAGGAAUCAGUUGCAAUCAUCAACUCAUAUGCGAACCCUUGCCUAGUUAACAAUUUCCAAGGAAUGCAUUAUGUUUUGUAAGUGGGGCCUGUGUGUCGUAGGUCUCAAAGUCACUAUUAUGUUGUCUCUGUGACCACAAACUUCGCAUGUUUCAUGCUUGUGCCGCAGUAAAGUGAAAAUUGCAUACAAUAUGGAUUUUAUGGGUGCAAGCUAUGGCGCAGGCUCACUUUCGCACUGAAGAGUUCACAUUUUCACUAGCAGCUAUUUAUGCAAAGCAGCCAGCAUUUACUUAACUUGCCUAGAAUUUGGCAAGAGCUUGGGAACAAUGGCAUUUUAGGAAUAAAAAAUUUCAGAGUGUCUAGCAUUUACAAGAAUAGUACAGAAUUAAUAAAUAGGGAGAUGGAAAACUUUGGUCCUGGGUUCUACCGUCCUUAUAUCCAAUUUACAGCCAGGUUUACAGUUGCAGUAUUGGAAUUGUAAAAAUGCUGUAUUUAUUAUUUAAUAGGUUUAAGUUAUAUAAGCAAGAGGUUUUAUUUUGAAAUCCUUGGGGGUGAGGAGGAGCUGAUGGCUCAUGGUAGCCCAAAAUGUCUGUGGAAAAAAAUCAACCUCAAACUUAGAAAUGCCUUAAUUGCCUAAUUACACCUGAGUAUUUGCAGAAUUCUUGGUAUGCCAAUAUAAUUAUAGGCCUGUUUAAUUCUACAAAUACCAACAUUUUCUGAGGAUUAUUUUCCCCCUCCUCUGACAUUGUCACUGCUUUGCCCUUCCUCCAGAGGUCUGUAAUUCUUCUUCGUAACUUGCCGUUGAAGGUUGUAGUGGCAGUGCUGGCCUUCUUUGCUAUUCUGCUAGUCUAUAAGGUUCAAGGGACUUGUGGUUUCUAAAUAUUUGUUUCCAGCCAUGCACAAUGCUAUAAACACACCACUACAUACCCUCCCAACAUUUCUCUGAUGGCACUAGUGAUGUCCUAUUAUUAUUAUCAUUAUUAUUAUUAUUAUUAUUAUUAUUUUAUUUAUACCCCACUCACCUGACUGAGUUGCCCCAGCCACUUUGGGCAGCUUCCAACAUAUAUAAAAACAUAAUAAAGCGUUAAACAUUUAAAAAACUUCCCUAUACGGAGCUGCCUUCAGAUGUCUUCUAAAGCAGGGGUCAGCAAACUUUUUCAGCAGGGGGUCGGUCCACUGUCCCUCAGACCUCCAUAUUUUGAAGGGGGGGAAAUGACCGAAUUCCUGUGCCCCACAAAUAACCCAGAGAUGCAUUUUAAAUAAAAGCACACAUUCUACUCAUGUAAAAACAUGCUGAUUCCCAGACCGUCCGCAGGCCGGAUUUAGAAGGCAAUUGGGCCGGAUCCGGCCCCCAGACCUUAGUUUGCCUACCCAUGUUCUAAAGGCUGUAUAGUUACUCGUCUCCUUGGCUCGCAUAACCAUACCAUCUAUAAUUUCUCCGAUGAAACUAUGGACGUAAUGACUGAGGUAUGAGUAUCCCUCAUCAAAUAUAAAGUGCUUAAAAGCUUAAGUAUUCACAUUUCUCCUCCCCGCCCCUCAGGAUCUGUGAAUCCUAAUUGGAUUGGUGGUUUCAGGUGUCCCAAAGCUGAUUACUUCUGAUAUGGUUAAAGAAGGGGCAGCAGUGAUCGAUGUCGGGAUCAACCAUAUCCACGAUCCUCUCACAGGAAAGACCAACUUAGUGGGGGAUGUGGACUUUGAAGGUAAGCAAAAUGGCAGUGGUUUUGGUUUUUUUUGGGGGGGGGGAGUAGGAAUCUGUUCCAGUUACAGCUGCUCUUGAAGCAGCGAGUUUAAAUAACACAUUAUUUUUCCCUUGGCCAAAAGAGAAAUAUUAAGAGCCGUACUGAAAGUUAACCCACAUAUUUAGAGGAAUUGGACACCCUAGAGAAUCUGAAGGGUGCUUUACCCAGCUAUUUCCUUGAGUAACUUUUGAGAAAGUUCAUUUCAUGGGGCUUAUCAGUACUUCCAUUUUCUCAUGUAAUUUUCUUUUAUGUUAAGCAUUUUAAUAGUGUUGUGUGUGUGCAUAUAUUCAUAUGAUUUAAACAUUAACCAACAGUGUUCUGCUAAUAUAGUUAUUUCACACACACAAAAACCCCCAGUACCUAAUGUAAAACGUGUCCCAGGUUUGCAAAAACUUUGUUCAAAGAACUAUGUAUUUUCUCCUUACAUGGAGAUGAGUAUUCUGGGCUAAUAUAUCCUAUUUGGCCUGAACUUCUCCACUUUAAAAAAGCCCCAAGAAUGAGGGCUUCCAAAGCUGAGGAUCCAGUUUGUCAAGGAUGGAUUUUGUUGCUUUUACAAGCCGAAAAAACAUUGAAAGUACCGAAGGCAUUGCAAAAUGUUGAUACUGUUCCACCAAGUUUAGCUGUAUUUAGAGAAUUAAAACACACCACCUAAAAUAGAUGCUUUGAUGUAUUUGUGGGCAACCUUCCCCAAACUUGAUUUGGAAUGGACCCGUCUAAAAUGGCCUCACGUUGACACUUUUCAGAUCAGGCCUAAUUUACACUAUCAGCUCAGACCUGCUCCAGUCUCUUGUGUUCCCAUAAAUUUCAAUGAAAACAUGACAGUUGCUUGAGAAACAACAAACCUUUAGCUCUUCCCACCUCCUUGUGAGGUCCCCUCCCUCCGCACCGAGAACAGGAGUUAUGCUUUCAAGAUUUAUGAGCAUCCCUUGAUUUCUUCUGAAAUAAACAUGGCUUUAAUUUUAGGACUGGAGUACAGAACUUAGGUGGCACUGUGGGUUAAACCACAGAGCCUAGGGCUUGCCGAUCAGAAGGUCGGCGGUUCAAAUCCCCGCGACGGGGUGAGCUCCAGUUGCUCGGUCCCUGCUCCUGCAACCUAGCAGUUUGAAAGCACGUCAAAGUACAAGUAGAUAAAUAGGUACCGCUCCGGCAGGAAGGUAAACGGUGUUUCCAUGCGCUGCUCUGGUUCGCCAGAAGCGGCUUAGUCAUGCUGGCCACAUGACCCGGAAGCUGUACGCCGGCUCCCUCAGCCAGUAAAGCGAGAUGAGCGCCGCAACCCCAGAGUCUGUCACGACUGGACCUAAUGUUGAGGGGUCCCUUUACCUUUUAAAGAACUUAGCACAAAUAAAUUCUUGUUCUCAGUGUAUAGAUUGGGGGGUGGAGACUGAUUUGGCCAAGGCCUCAUAAUGAAUCUGUAACAAAGGAAGACUUCAACCCAUCUUUGGAGUUGAUUCGCAGAUAUCAACUGCGAUUAAUCUUAUGAAAUAAUAAAUUCGAUGAUCAGACUCUAAAUCCUGGGAUUGUAAAAAAAACAAAACCAUUUCGAAAUGUAUUGCCUAUUGGCAUCUGUAAUUUGACCAGCAAACAGAAAUGUUGUUCCUCACACUGUUGUUUGUGGGUUGCUUUGUCUGAUGACCAGCAUAUUAACUUAAGUUUUAUUUGCAUUUUCUAUUGCUCCCCACCCCCACCCCCCAGAGGUAAAGAAGAAAGCUGGUUUCAUCACGCCAGUCCCGGGAGGCGUAGGACCAAUGACAGUUGCUAUGCUUUUGAAGAAUACAUUAAUUGCAGCCAAGAAGCUUAUUUAUUAAGAUCUAUCAAUUCAAGCCAUUCUAUUUAUUGAUACAUAUACAUUUAUUUUUCUUACAAAGAUAUUUAUUUCUAAAUUGUAUUUAUUCAUGUCAGAAUACGGACAAUGGGUUUCUUUGCAUACUUACAAAAAUGUUUAUUACUUCUGCUGCUGAAUAUGCACCUCCUGUCUUCAUGUAUGGAUGUGUGUGAUUUCUCUACGUAAUUCCAGCCUAAGCACCUGGUCCAAGUUUGAGGUGUGCGGUUUUUGCAAAACAUCCCUCACCAAUGCGAGUCUCUUUUGCAACAGAAAAAGAGAUGUGGGCCUGAGCUUUAACUGCAUGCCACACUCUAGCCAAGGAUAAUAAAGGGCUCAUACUUUGAACUACAUUAUGCAUAAGGGGGGAAACUCCCAGAACCCGGUAUGCUUGAUAGAAAUAAAUCAGGAAUUUGAAAAGCCAGGUAUUGAUAACUGAACAUGUAUGAAAACACUAAAAACAAAGUGAAUUGUGUGUGAUAUUUGAAAGCAUGCUUAGUAUUUGCUAUUGCUGUAAUCCCAAGUCAGAGGUGAAAAAGUCGUUCCAAAGGGAGUUAAUACACUUCAUUGCAAUCCGCUUCUAUGUCUAGUUUUGCCCUCGCAUCCCAAAACACAGUAUCAGUAUCAUUCCUAUUUAGAUUAAUAGAUGUGAGCUGUCCAAUUUCGUUCGCAUUGAAGAAGCAUCAUUUCCGUCAAGAAGGGACAGGAGAACAUCUGUAAAAUUAAUUGAUUCUGUAUUGGAGAAUUCAAAAUAUUUUUCAAAUGACUACAUUAUUGAUCAUCAACUUUAAAAAAAUCCUUCUGAAUUGUAUUUCCAUUCCAGUGAACUGUAAUAUUAAAACAAUACCCAUGAUUGCUGAAACUAAACCAUACGGAUGAAGGACCUGGUUAUUAUUUUUUCAUUGACUCAUUAUAGAAGCUGGUGCAAGACCAACUAGGUGUCUGUCGGUCUUUAUUCCAGUUGGAGGAGGGGCUUGAAUAUAAAGACUCAUUCAGUAGUUGUUGCUAUAGUUCCAAGCAAGUGCUUGAAUGAAGAAAGAUUUUCUUCAAAUGAAUGGAUAAAUCCACAGUAAAUCAAUUGAGGGAAA